CAAAUCGCAACACGUUGUCUCUUUCUUUUUGAAGUGUAAUUUGCCAGCAAACCAUUUGAAAAAACUUCGUCAAGAUGGUGAAGGGUAAUAAUAUGAUCCCAAAUGCCCACUACCACAAGUGGUGGCAACGAUUCAUCCGCACCUGGUUCAACCAACCAGCCCGCAAAUUCCGCAGACGCCAAAACCGCAUCAAGAAGGCGAAGGCUCUGUUCCCAAGACCCGCCGCUGGCCCAUUGCGUCCCAUUGUACGCUGCCAAUCGCAAAGAUACCACACCAAGGUCCGUGCCGGACGUGGAUUCACUUUGGCUGAACUCAAGGGUGCUGGUUUGACUGCUGGCUUCGCACGUACCGUCGGCAUCGCCGUUGACUCGCGUCGCAUCAACAAAUCCGUUGAAUCGCGUCAACAAAACAUCCAACGCUUGAAGGAAUACAAGUCGAAGUUGAUCUUGUUCCCGGUGCAUGAGAAGAAGAAGUUGCGCAAGGGCGAAGCUACACCCGAGGAACGCAAAUUGGCGACACAAUUGCAAGGCGAGGUCAUGCCAAUCAAGAAUGCCGCUCCAGUUGUCGAAUUCCGCGAAAUUACCGAUGACGAGAAGAAAUUCUCCGCGUUCCGUGCCCUCAGACAAGCACGCGUCAACGCCAGAUUAGUCGGCAUCCGUGCCAAGAAAGCCAGAGAAGCCGCCGAAGCCGAUGAGAUGAAGAAGAAAUAAGCAACCAACUUGAAAUUUUGACUUUUUUUCAUCCUUUAACAUAACUCUUGCAUUAUUCCACGCAAUUUGAAGAUCGUUUGAAGGAAAAUAAUAAAUGCGGAAAAUCAUACAAAAAU